UUCACUUUCUUCAGGAACACAUCAUCCUCUCUCUCUCUCUACAGUGCUUAGUUUACUACUGCUUCGUAGUUCGUAGUCGCCACUUUGCUUAAACCCCAAGAUUCUACGUUAGAUCCCACAACUGAAUAAUUGCAGACAAAUCAAAAUGUGAAGAACAGUCUCAAAUCUCUCUCUCUCUCUCUCUCUCUCUCUCUGUGCUUUGGCCUCGUUGCUGAAAUGCACAUUUUUGGAAGAGGACGGGAAUUCAAAUUAGGGUUGAAAGAGUUGUUAUUUCUCUUCUCGCUGCUUCUAUUGGUAUCUCUCAAUGCUUCUGCUUCACAUUGCGAUGACAAUCGAUGCAAAACUGGGAACUGCAAUGCCACCGGCUCUUGCAUUUGUAAUCUUCCCGAUCCAUCUACCAUACUUGAAGGAGAUCGAUCAUUCUUAGGGGGAAGGUAUUGUGAUGAGGAGCAGAUCAUGUGUGAUGGGACUAAUUCGUUCUGGUGUGAACAUGGAGCAACCUGUGAGGAGAUUGUUCAGGGCGAGAAUUAUACCUGUAAGUGCCUUCCAGGUUACUCUGGUGUGCACUGUGAGCACGUUGGGGCUCCUUGUGGUCGUCUUUUCUGUUUUCAUGAAGCAGAGUGCUUAGUUGAAGGUGAUGUGUGUGAGUGUCCAUCACAUUGGAGAGGGAGUGUUGACUGCUCUUUGCCUACAAGAAAUGAUACAGAUACGACCACAAAUUCAACCAAUGCAGCGGUGAGACAUGCAGAUAGUAAAAAUAAUACAAAGUGGAUUGCAGUGUUAUUGGCCAUUUCAUGUACCAUAGCAGCAGUUUCUGGUGUUUUUAUUUAUGCCAAGAGAUUCUCCAAGAAUAAAGAAAAAAUGGUUCCAAAGUUUCAACAGUUGUCCCAAAUACCACAUGAUUUCUUGGAUGAUGAUGAAGAUGAAUCAUCUUUUCCAGUGGCAGUUCUGAAUGACCAUUCGCACCUUUAGAUUGUAACAUUUGAUGUUUGGAAUCUCUAGAAGUUUUAGUUUUCCAAAUACUUCAGAUUUCUUGUAUUUUAUCAUACUAUCAUUCUGUUUUGCUUUGGGAGAUUAGAUUGUGAAGCUUACGUUUUUUAUUCAGUAACUUUCAUGCUACUGGGAAUGAUAAUUGAGAUUUUUGUGGCACAGAACUAUAAAGAUAUUUCAAAUUGAGUGCCUCAUCCAA